AUGUUUGAGAAUGGAUUUGAUGGAGGAGAAGGGGAGUCGGCGUUGCAUAGUGACAAGGUCAAAGUUGAUCCAGGGUCACCUCCAUCUUUGACAUGGAGAAGAAAACUCAGUACUGAUGACAAUGCCCUUUCUGAAUUCGACCUAACCUUAAGAGAGAAAAUCAGUUUGGCACCUAUAGGUUAUAGACUUUGGCGUCAACUUCGAAAGGAAAAAGUGACAUGCAGGGAGGUAUUUGUUGAUCCUUUUACGAAGCGCCAUACAUCAUCUUGCCAUGGGGUUCCUGUAGGUGGUAUGGGUGCCGGUAGCAUUGGAAGAAGUUGCAAAGGUGAAUUUUUGCGUUGGCAGCUGUUUCCUAGGAUGUGUGAAGAUAAACCUGUCUUGUCGAACCAAUUUUCUGUCUUUGUGUCACGACCAGAUGGUAGCAAAUUCUCUAGUGUACUCUGCCCGAAGAACCCAGAAGUCCUAAAUGACAGUUCGGCUUCUGGGAUAGGAUCUUGGGACUGGAGUCUAGAUGGACAAAAUUCAACUUACCAUGCAUUGUUCCCUAGGGCUUGGACCGUGUAUGAUGGUGAACCCGAUCCAGCUUUAAAAAUAGUGUGCCGUCAGCUUUCACCCUUCAUUCCUCACAACUACAAGGAGAGCAGCUUUCCUGUGGCAGUCUUUAGUUUUACAUUAUCUAAUUUGGGAAAGAUGGAAGCAGAUGUCACCUUGCUCUUUAGUUGGGCAAAUUCAGUUGGUGGAGAUUCAGGAAUCUCUGGCGACCAUUUCAAUUCAAAGUUCAGAACCACGGAUAACAUUAGUGGAGUUCUUUUGCAUCAUAUGACAGCAAAAGGAUUACCCUCAGUAACUUUUGCAAUUGCAGCAGAAGAGACUGAUGGUGUUCAUGUGUCUGCGUGUCCCUGUUUUGUGAUAUCUGGAAAUUCGCAAGGCAUUACAGCAAGAGACAUGUGGAUUGAGAUUAAGGAGCGUGGAUCAUUUGACCACCUAAGUUCUGAAGAGAUGUCUAUACCUUCUGAACCCGGUUCGGUAAUCGGGGCAGCUGUUGCAGCCUCUGUGACUGUUCCAGCAGGAGAAGUAAAAACUGUUACAUUCUCAUUGGCAUGGGCUUGUCCCGAAGUAAACUUCACUGGUGGAAGAACUUAUCACAGGCGUUACACCAAAUUCUAUGGCACUCACAGUAACGUGGCAUCAGAUAUUGCACACGAUGCUAUACUUAAGCACCACCACUGGGAGUCAGAAAUCGAAGCUUGGCAGAGACCUAUUCUUGCAGACAAGAGGCUUCCUGAAUGGUACCCACCCACCCUUUUCAACGAGCUUUACUUUCUCAACGCAGGGGGAACUAUUUGGACAGAUGGAGCUCCCCCAAUACACAGCCUACGCACCAUCGCCACCAGAAGGUUCUCCCUAGACACCCCGAGCUCAGGCUCCACCCACCAGCCUGAUCAAAACGAGGCGGCCCUAAACAUUCUCGGUCGCAUGACAUCUCUUCUGCACGAUAUCCACGCCCCUUCAUCCACCCCCUCUGCCCUCGGCACCAACCUCCUCCAGGAGGGGGAGGACAACGAGGGUCAGUUCCUUUACCUCGAGGGCAUUGAGUACCAUAUGUGCAACACGUACGACGUACACUUCUACGCCUCGUUCGCCCUCCUCACUCUAUUCCCAAAACUUGAGCUCGCCAUACAGCGCGACUUUGCAGCUGCCGUCCUUAUGCACGACCCUGCCCGGACGACCCUCCUCCAGGACGGCUCGUCUGCCCCACGCAAAGCACUUGGGGCUGUCCCACACGACAUUGGCAUGCGCGACCCGUGGUUCGAGGUCAACUUCUACAACCUGCAUAACACGGAUAGGUGGAAGGACCUCAAUCCCAAGUUUGUGCUUCAGGUUUACAGGGACGUGGCUGCCACAGAGAGUGUGGGGUUCGCACGGGCAGUGUGGCCGUCGGUGUAUGUGGCCAUGGCCUACAUGGAGCAGUUUGACGGAGAUGGGGAUGGGAUGAUCGAGAAUGAGGGAUUUCCGGACCAGACGUACGACACGUGGUCGGUUUUGGGGGUGAGCGCUUACUGCGGAGGGCUGUGGGUGGCUGCACUGCAGGCGGCAUCCCGACUGGCGGGGAUUGUUGGGGACAAGGGGUGUGAGGAUUAUUUCUGGUUUAGGUAUGAAAAGGCCAGGAAGGUGUACGAGAAGCUGUGGAAUGGGUCUUAUUUUGAUUAUGAUGAUAGUGGGAGUGCGACGAGCUCAUCCAUUCAGGCGGAUCAGUUGGCCGGAAACUGGUAUGCCCGAGCUUGUGGCCUUUUACCAAUUGUUGAUGAAGAAAAAGCACAAAAGGCACUCGAGACAGUUUACAACUUCAAUGUGUUGAAGGUGAAAAACGGGAGGAUGGGGGCAGCUAACGGGAUGCUUCCAAAUGGAGAACCCGACAUGUGUACUAUGCAGUCGAGGGAAAUAUGGAGUGGGGUCACAUAUGCUGUUGCAGCCGCCAUGAUUCACGAGAAUAUGAUCGACAUAGCCUUUAAAACAGCUGUUGGCGUAUACGAAGUAGCUUGGUCUGAAGAAGGUCAUGGAUAUGCUUUCCAGACCCCUGAGGGUUGGGACUUUGAAGGGCGUUAUCGGUCUCUCGGUUACAUGCGUCCUCUGGCAAUUUGGGCUAUGCAGUGGGCACUCACACAGCAUAAUAACUUACCAAAACAAGAAACAAAGCCUGUGAUUAAGGAAGAAUCUGUUCUUAGAGAGCAUCACGGUUUUCUGCGAGUGGCUCGUCUGCUAAAGCUGUCGGACGAGGCUGAUUCGAGGAGUCUUUUACAGGUUAUAUUUGACCGCACAUGUAAAAGGAUGCUGGGAUGA